UUAUAUACAUUUUUUUUUUUUUAAGUAUACUGUAUUACAGUAUUUUAUUUGGAAUCGAUCUUUGCUGGAUUUCAGCUAGUUGCGGGGAUAUGGCCAGCAGGUCUGGGGCCAAGAAUCCAGCAAAAAAGAGAAGACUAGCAAAUGACACCCAGUCUCCCAGCCUAGGCGAGCAGAAGGCGGCAUUUUACAAGCUGCUGGAGGAAAGUUCCAUCAGGAGGUUCCUGAAAAAGGACACAAAUAUGCUAAUGUCAGACAAGUACCUACUGGCGAUGACCUUCAUAUAUUUCAAGAGAGCCAAGCUCAGGGUGACUGAAUAUACAAGCAGAAAUUUUUACUGCGCAUUGUUUCUGGCAAAUCAGAUGGAGGAGGAUGAAUUUGAUAUGCCAAUAACCAACUUCCAGGACAAGAAAGAUGCCUUAUGGAAGAGACUGGAGUACCGGACGUUUGUGUCCAUGGCAGAAUUGGUAGAGGUGAUAACAGCAGACAAGCAUUGGGCCUGGGAGAGGCACCGAAAAUUCUGUCAAGGCGGGGCUAAAAGGAGCUAUCCGGGAAGUGGCCCAGCAAACAAACGGAGGAAGAUUUAAAGACUAUCAGGGUGUAACACCGGAACAUCCAGUGGCGCCCAUUCAUCAAAAGUGUACCCUGCUGUAUUCCUCUGUGGCAGGCUGGGGAAUAACAUCUACUGAUUACUAUGUAUUAAAAUCAGCA